GGAAAGAGCCUUUUUUCCUCCCUCCACCGCCCCUGCCGAACGCCUUUCGUUUUUUGCCCCCGCGGAUCUUCCAUGUAGGAAGUCGAGGCUGGCGAGCCCGACACUCGGGAGCCGCUGCGGGGGGGCGUCUUUUGGUGGAGGCGCCGACCGGGGCAGGCUCGGCCGCCCCCAGGGAAGCGGCGGCCGCGUUUGUCCGGGGCGCGCCGGGGCCCGAGAGCCGCGCAGGGCGCGGGCCUCGCGGGGUGGGGCAGCCGAAGCGCAGGCCCCUGAGCCCCGGCGGGCGCCCCCCGGUCCCCGCGCGCGCCCCGGCCUCCGGGAGACUGGCGCAUGCCACGGAGCGCCCCUCGGGCCGCCGCCGCUCCUGCCCGGGCUCCUGCUGCUGCUCCUGUCGCCUGCGCCUGCUGCCCCAACUCGGCGCCCGACUUCUUCAUGGUGUGCGGAGGUCAUGUUCGCUCUUUAGCCGGCAAACGACUUUUCUCCUCGCCUCCUCGCCCCGCAUGUUCAGGACCAAACGAUCGGCGCUCGUCCGGCGUCUCUGGAGGAGCCGUGCGCCCGGCGGCGAGGACGAGGAGGAGGGCGCGGGGGGAGGUGGAGAGCCGCGGGGGGAAGGGGCGACGGACGGACGGGCGCAUGGGGCCGGAGGCGGCGGCGCGGGCAGGGCUGGCUGCUGCAUGGGCAAGGCGGUCAGAGGUGCCAAAGGUCACCACCAUUCCCAUCCCCCAGCCGCGGGCGCCGGCGCGGCCGGGGGCGCCGAGGCGGAUCUGAAGGCGCUCACGCACUCGGUGCUCAAGAAACUGAAGGAGCGGCAGCUGGAGCUGCUGCUCCAGGCCGUGGAGUCCCGCGGCGGUACCCGCACCGCGUGCCUCCUGCUGCCCGGCCGCCUGGACUGCAGGUUGGGCCCGGGGACACCCGCCAGCGCACAGCCCGCGCAGUCGCCCUCGUCCUAUUCACUCCCCCUCCUGCUGUGCAAAGUGUUCAGGUGGCCGGAUCUCAGGCAUUCCUCGGAAGUCAAGAGGCUGUGUUGCUGUGAAUCUUACGGGAAGAUCAACCCCGAGCUGGUGUGCUGCAACCCCCAUCACCUUAGCCGACUCUGCGAACUAGAGUCUCCCCCUCCUCCUUACUCCAGAUACCCGAUGGAUUUUCUCAAACAAACUGACUGUCCAGAUGCUGUGCCUUCCUCCGCUGAAACAGGGGGAACGAAUUAUCUGGCCCCUGGGGGGCUUUCAGAUUCCCAACUUCUUCUGGAGCCUGGGGAUCGGUCACACUGGUGCGUGGUGGCAUACUGGGAGGAGAAGACAAGAGUGGGGAGGCUCUACUGCGUCCAGGAGCCCUCCCUGGACAUCUUCUAUGAUCUACCUCAGGGGAAUGGCUUUUGCCUCGGACAGCUCAAUUCGGACAACAAGAGUCAGCUGGUGCAGAAGGUGCGGAGCAAAAUCGGCUGCGGCAUCCAGCUGACACGGGAAGUGGACGGCGUGUGGGUGUACAACCGCAGCAGUUACCCCAUCUUCAUCAAGUCAGCCACACUGGACAACCCGGACUCCAGGACGCUGUUGGUACACAAGGUGUUCCCCGGUUUCUCCAUCAAGGCUUUUGACUACGAGAAAGCGUACAGCCUGCAGCGGCCCAACGACCACGAGUUCAUGCAGCAGCCGUGGACUGGCUUCACGGUGCAGAUCAGCUUCGUGAAGGGCUGGGGCCAGUGCUACACCCGCCAGUUCAUCAGCAGCUGCCCGUGCUGGCUGGAGGUCAUCUUCAACAGCCGGUAGCCACGUGGGAAGAGGACGGAGCUUGAGCCGAGCAGGCCACAAUUCAAACUACUUUGCUGCUAGUAUUUUCCUCCUGAGUGCUUGCUCUUCGUGCAGACUCUUUGGUCUUUUUUUUUUCUCCCCCCUCGUUCUUGUUUGUGUUUUUUUUUGUUUUGUUCUUUGAGAAAUAGCUUAUGAAAAGAAUUGUUGGUUUUUUGGGGGAGGAGGGGGUACGGUUGGCAGGACACCCCAUGGUGAAAGGACAAGCAAAAAUGAGACAACCACCAAACAUAGUGUAUGAUUGGGGAGUAGUCCUUAACUUGGGGGUCAUCAUUUCACUUGUCAGAAGUAUACAUGUGAUGAGUGAGUGUGUGUGCUGCGAGUGUGUGCUUGUGUGUGCACCUACGUGUGUGAACGGCAGAUGGGGGAAACGGCAUCCUCUUUGUGUUCCUUAUGGAUGUCUCCAGCUGAGAGGUUUGUGGUCCCAAGCUGUGUCUCUCUUGCCCUUUGAACGUGCUUGGUGGGCAGAGUCAGAACCUGGGCGAGCUGGCAGCGGGUGUCCCGACAGCUGCUGGAAGCCAGGCUCUGCCCCCAGCCUGGGGAAGCCCCCGCCCUGCCUCCCCCCUUCUCGGACACGGGCCUGUCCACAGGCUUCCUAGAAGCUACCUGGCUAGAGUCCCAACCAGAACCAGUGGUUUUCACCUUUGCCGCGCCCCCCUCCUGCCACCUGCUCCUGGAUCUCUCUGAGAGGGGCUCCCGUGGGCUGCCAGGGCAGCCCUGUCACAGUAUUGCUCACCCACCACCCUCUCUGCCCCUUCAGCCUCUCUCCGACCCCAGCGACUUCAGGUUUUUCCCAGACUUAGAAAACCAGCUCAGCACUUUGCUCCCCUCCACAGCCUGCGUGUUGUGCCCUGCUGUUAGACCAGCGAGGGACACUUCCCCGGGGGGACACUUCUCGGUGGCCCCCCUUCCCACCAAGAAGGACCUGGUCCAUCAUAACCCAAGGUACCCCCGAGGCUGACACCUAACUGUUCUUUCAUUUCUUCUACAACUCAUACACUCGUAUGAUACUUCGACACUGUUCUUAGCUCAAUGAGCAUGUUUAGACUUUAACAUAAGCUAUUUUUCUAACUACAAAGGUUUAAAUGAACAAGAGAAGCAUUCUCAUUGGAAAUUUAGCAUUGUAGUGCUUUGAGAGAGAAAGGACUCCUGAGAAAAAAAACCCUGAGAUUUAUUAAA